AUGGAAAAAGAUAUUGACGUUCUCCAGCAGUACAAAAAUAUUGCAAAUAAAUUGAAAAAAAAAUUUCUCAAAAAGCCAAAUGUAUCAGAGGGCAGUGGGCAGUUUGGUAGCCUGGCUAGGCAGAUGAAAUCAGAAGACAGUCCACAUUAUGCAGGGUUGUGCUUUUUAGCUCAAGCAAGAUGCGAACACACAUUAGGCAAUUGGUGCACUGAGAGUCAUGCUCUGUUAGAGGCAGCUCGUUCGUUUAUGCUGGCCGAGAAGGAUAUACAAGAAACCAUGGGGCCAUCGUUCUAUGAGCACCUGAAUGCUGGUAUAAACUGUUACAGCCAUGCUAUUAGAGUAUAUUUGGAGAAUAAUCAGUACAUUCUGGCUGCAUCCAUAUGCAUGGAAGGCUUGAACAAGAGUGGCCAAUCCAUACAACACUAUCAAAGAGCUGUUGAGCUAUUACAGCCUCAUCCACUGGAAUGUCUGGAUGCAAUGGAGGCUCUAGCAACUGUCAAACUGAACACAAAAGAUUACGAUGGCGCCCUCUCAACGUACACUGAAAUGUAUUAUUUAGCGCUAGAGAAAGGACCCAGAUGUUUCGGCGGGACCGGGUUCGAACGCGCAGUCGCCGAUAUUUUGGCCACGUGCGAGGUCAACAGGCUGCUGCUGCUGCUACUGCUGCAGCCUACGCCCCAGAGAACAAGGCCUGAGCAUGCAAAACUGCUGGAGAAAUAU